AUGUCAGAUAAUCUUUAAGUGAAAUAUAGAAGAAGAAAUUCACCUUAAGAAGGCGAAUAGGAUUUUACUUAAAGACAAGAAAAUAAAUAUAAUAAAAUUCAAAGGUAUAUAAUUAUGAGUAAAAAGAAAUGAUUUGUAAGCUUAUGUUUAAUAACCGAAAAUCAAACGUAAUAGAGAUGAUUAGAUAGAAGAUCCUUAAGAAGAUGAUGAUGAGAAUUAAUCUGAUAAAUUUGGUGGCUUCGUAUUCACAAAAACCAAAAGUAUGCUUUUUCUAUUAUUUAAUUAGAUGAACCCAAAAAAUAAUACAUCUAUGAGCCAAAAAAAUAAUAGCCAUCUUAAUAAGAAAAGAAAGAAUAUUAACCAAAAAAAGAUUAACAACCUAAGAAAAAGCCUGAAAAGAAAAGCAAUAAGUUUUAGCAAUAAUCAUAACAAUAGUACAAAUAUAUUGUAAUAAAUUAGAAAAGAAAUAUCUAUCUAAUAAUUAGGUGAAUUAGAAAAACUACAAUAACAUCUAAUUAAUUGUGGCAUUUCUAUUACUUAGGAUUAGGAAAAUAGUCAUUCUGAUCUUGUCCUACCUCCUGAUUUUAAUAAACCAUUAUCAAUUCCAAGUAAACCAAUAGUAGCACCUCCUCCAGGUUUAGUAGAUAAAGAUAAAUCUUCUGAUUUUGUUGACAUCUUAAAUCAAUUAUAAGAUAAUGAUUCAGAUGGCUAAAUGAAUUAUGAUUAACAUUUUUCAUCUUCAGUUCUUACUAGAGGAGCCUUUCCUAUUUAGACAUAAACAUCAAAUUAAUUUAAUAAUUAAAAACCUAUCCCUAACAAUAAUCAAAAUUUUCCAAAUAAUUCUAAUGAUUAGAAAAAUAAGGAAAAAAAGAAAAAAAAUAAGAAGAAAAAACCUAAAAAUAAUAAAAAUUAAUUGGAUAUGCCUAUGAUGAAUAAUUAACCAGACUUUAUGAAUUAAAAUUCUGCUGAAAUCUUUGAUCCAUUUAAAGUUGCUCCAUUUUCAUUUCCUUAAUAAUAAAUGGGUAGAAAUAAUUUACCUGAUCCUCUCAAUAUUUCAGGACCAACAUUCACAACUCCUUUAGGAUUUGCACCUCCUGGAAUGAUGGGUUUGGGUCCAUAAAUUGCUCCAUUUAAUUCUAAUCUUUUAGGAGCACCAUAAUCUUUAGGAUUUCCUCCUGGUCCUUCUUUGGGUAUGGAUCCUUUAGAACCAACAUUUCCAAUGGGACCCAAUAUAGGACCUAUGAGAAUGAAUCAAAUGAUGCCUCCAAAAUAUAAUUAGAUGCCAAAUAUGGCUCAAAUGCCUAUGCCUAUGUAAAUGGCACCUCCUCCUUAAAUGAAAAAGUAAUCUAAUAAAAAUCAUAUGAUGAUGCAAUCUCCUCCCAAUUAAUUUGAUGGUUAGGUAUUUUGUCCUCCUAUGAUGCCUCCACCCAUGGGUAAUCAUUUUUCAGAUUUUCCUCCAACAAUGCCUAUGGGAUAAUAGUUCCCUCCUAAUUUAAUGAAUUCUGGACCUAUUUUAGGAAUGCCUCCAAUGAUGCCAUUUGGUGAUGAUUUUGAUUAAAAUUGGAUGCCAAAUGAUGGGAUGAUAUAAAUGCCUAAUUAGAUGUAAGUAUUUUCUAAUUAAAACUUCUAAAAUCUAUCCUAAAUCUAACAUCCAGAUUCAUAUAUGUAAGAAUCUGAAAAUUAUAUGUCUUAAACUAAAAAGAUGAAUGAAAUAAAAAAUGGAAAUGGUAAUAAUAUUGAUCAAAUCAAUUAAUAAUUUUAAAAUACUGAUGGCUAACCAAAAUAAAGAAAGUAAUUAUUUAUCCAUUUAUUUUUUAGAAAAUUAAACUUAAAUUCUAAACCAUUUUAUCCAGUAAAUCCUUGAC